AUCGCCCCAAGGGUUUAGGGUUUGUGGGCUGCGGCGACGAAAUGGUGUUCUGGGGUGCGAAGCUCAAGCCGAAGAAGCCUUUUCUCGUCGAGCGCGACGAGCUCGAAGGCCGGCGGCUGCAUAUCUCUCAGGCGACUCUGGGCCAAAAUGCCAAGGAUGGUGAGAGGAGUAUUCUCAAGUGCAAGGGUGGAGAGGGGCCGCCGGUCUUUGUGUGCUCGCUCAAGCCUGGACUUCACGAGACGUGCUAUCUCGACCUCAACUUCGAGGACGACGUUGUCUUCUCCGUGACGGGCUCUACAGCCAUCCAUCUCUCUGGCUACUACAUGGAACCCUUCAGUGACGAAGACGACGACGAGAGCUACGAUGGUGAAGAAGACGAGUUUGAUCAAGACUUCAUUGUCGAUCCAGCUGGAGAGGAAGACGAUGACGAGGAGGACGACGAGGACCUAGAAGAGGAGCGCCUUGGAUCCGGAGUGAAGAUUGAGGAGAUCACUAACGACGACGAGCCUGAAAAGGCGCUUCCUGCUCCGGCUAAAGCAAACACUGAAACACAGCCGGCUCAGGAUCAGAAGGACGACAAGGAGGAGGAGGAUGAGGAGGACAAGAGUGAAGACGAGGAUGGCUUCGCCUUGCCGUCCAAGAGGAAAGCCGCUUCUGCCGAGUUGCCGAAGAAAAGCGCCAAGACGUCUGUCAGUGACACGCCAACCAGCCCUGGCGAAGCAAAGAAGAACAAGAAGAAGAAGGGCAAAAAGGCAGCAAACCAGGAGGAGGGUGUGCCGGAAGGGAAUGGCGACGGCAAGCUCCAGGAGAAGAAGGCUGGAAAGAAGGACAAGGCGGCCAAGAAGUUCCCGAAUGGCCUCGAAGUUCAGGACUUGGCACUUGGCAAGCCCGACGGCAAGCAAGCCAAGCCGGGGAAGAAGGUCCUGAUUAACUACGUCGGAAAGCUUAAGUCGAAUGGGAAGAUAUUUGACAGCACCAUAGGCAGAAAGCCAUUCCGUUUCAGAUUGGGGGUUAACGAAGUAGUCAAGGGCUUCGACGUGGGUGUCAAUGGAAUGAGAGUAGGAGACAAGAGGAGAGUUGUGAUUCCUCCAUCCAUGGGGUAUGGUGCGAGGGCUGUCGGAUCAAUCCCACCAAACUCAUGGUUGGUUUUUGAAAUCGAGCUUGUUGAUGUUGCUUAGUUAAGUUCGGAGUUAAUUUAACGGUGGGUUUUGCGCAAA